GAAGGCUCCUCUCCCUACCGAGCAGCUCCGCGCGCGGCCCCCGAGAGAGCCCGGCGCAACUACUUUCUUCCCUCGCUUUUCUUUCUCCUGCUCUUUUUGUCCCCUGCUGGGGGGUGGCGGCGGCGGAGUGGGGGAGACUUUGGAUGACCGAGCUCGCGUCCACCUUUCUCUUCAUGUCGACGUCCCUGGAAACAGUCACACGGAUGCCAUGGUUACUUCUGCCACGAUCUUACAGGUGAACAAGGUGAUGUCCAUCUUGUUUUAUGUGAUGUUUCUCGCUUAUCUCCGUGGCGUCCAAGGGAACAGCAUGGAUCAAAGGAGUCUGCCGGAAGACUCCCUCAACUCCCUGAUUAUCAAGCUGAUCCAGGCAGAUAUUUUAAAAAACAAGCUCUCCAAGCAGAUGGUGGACGUUAAGAACUACCAGAGCACCCUGCCCAAAGCAGAGGCCCCGCCCCGAGAGCCCGCCAAGUCGGAAUUCCAGCCGGUGACGGCCGCGGGCCCCGAACUGCUGCGGCAGCAGAGACGCUACAACUCGCCCCGGGUCCUGCUGAGUGACGGCAUCCCCCUGGAGCCCCCUCCCCUGUACCUCAUGGAGGACUACGUGGGCAACCCCGUGGUGGCCAACAGAACGGCGCGGAGGAAGAGGUACGCGGAGCACAAGAGCCACCGGGGCGAGUACUCGGUGUGCGACAGCGAGAGCCUGUGGGUCACCGACAAGUCGUCGGCCAUUGACAUUCGGGGACACCAGGUCACGGUGCUGGGGGAGAUCAAGACCGGCAACUCCCCCGUCAAACAAUAUUUCUAUGAGACGAGAUGUAAGGAGGCCAGGCCUGUCAAGAACGGUUGCAGAGGAAUUGAUGAUAAACACUGGAACUCGCAGUGCAAAACCUCUCAGACCUACGUCCGCGCGCUGACGUCGGAAAACAACAAACUGGUCGGCUGGCGGUGGAUACGGAUAGACACAUCCUGUGUGUGUGCCUUGUCGAGAAAGAUCGGCAGAACAUAACUUGGCAUCUCUCCCCAUAUAUAAAUUAUUACUUUAAAUUAUAUGAUAUGCAUGUAGCAUAUAAAUGUUUAUAUUGUUUUUAUAUAUUAUAAGUUGACCUUUAUUUAUUAAACUUCGGCAACCCUUACAGUAUAUAAGCUUUUUUCUCAAUAAAAUCCGUGUGCUUGGCUUCCCUCAGGCCUUCUCCCAUCUGUUAAACCUGAUUCUGUAACCCGGCUCCCGAGAGCUGCCCUGUAAGUCUGUGUACACCACUGUUUUGCAUUCAGUAUUGUCAAAGGCCGUGACUGUCGUUUUAGUAAACUUGUUGAAAUCGGCUGAUGUCAGAGUUGUGUGUAGACACAGUUCCACGCCCCCUUUCCGGAUACAUCAUAAUUGAUUCAUUAAUUAGAAGAACUGGUACCACUUCCGCCGCAGGGAUGCUCAGCGGCUCUUAAUUCUGGCGGGCCAGCUCACUGUCCAAGAACCUCCUCGCCUUCUUCUGCUGUCAGUUUUUGCCAAUUAGAAUUAUGAUCUACUCCGAUGUUAUGGUCCCAGAACAAUAACAACAAAUCUGGCAGUUUUCGUUUUGGAAGUUUCUUUUCAGCACAUUUGUUGUUAGGGGGUUUGAGAUUGUUAAGGGUUGAAUUUCUUUUUUUUUUUUUUUCCUUGGCUUCGGUUUUUGUUUUACUCUGUGUAAAAGUGGUUUGCAUCUUCCGAGGCACAUAGGAAAAUGUUUUUUUAACUAUUUGUAACAGAAAUAAUUGUAGAGUUACCGAGGAGCAGAAGUGGAACGUGAGUCAUCUGCACACAGAAGAGCAAUGUGGUCCUGAUAGAUUCCCCAGGAGUUUCUUCUGCCUCCCCAUCCUCUGCUGACUCCUCCUGCAGCCCCAAGGGGAACUGAUGGUAAAGGCUGGUACCACAGGAGGGAGUCAGACCUGGGUUCAAAUUCCAGCUCCUCCCCAUGACUGCAGGGCUUUAAAGGCACCCUGAGCCCAGGUUUCCUGGAGUCAGAGUCAGAUGUGGGGCUUGCCUACCCCACAGGCUGCCAUAGGUAGGCCCCAUAACCACGGUAGGCACCCCAGAGUCCCAGCAUGGUGUAGAUAUUCAAGAACAGAAGUUCCUUACCCUUCCCUCCUCUCCUUCUCCUUACUUAGGUAUUGUGCUCCUCUGUAUGGUUUUGGUUUUAGGGUUUCAUUUUGUUCUCCCCACCCCUAGCUUGAUUGAGAUAUAAUUGACAUGUAAUACUGUGUAAGUUCAAGGCGUGCAAUGUGAUGAUUUGACACAUGUACAUAUUGUGAAAUGUUUACCACUGUAAAGUUACUUAGCACACCUUUCACCUCAUGUAAUUGCCAUUGUUGUUACUAUGGAAACAUUUAAAAUCUACUCAUCACUCCUUUCA